AUGUUUCAACCUAAAUGGAGAGGACAACAUGUUAUUCCUAUGAAUAAGAUGAUGAUCGGAUUCAUCAUGAUGAUUCUUCCAUGUGUUCUAUUCAUAAACUAUGUGUGGGCUACUUCUAGUAAUAAUAACAAUAAUAAUUUAAAUACAUUCGGACAAGAGGAAGAAAUUGUAAAUUAUUUCUAUGGAGAUCCUUCCGAUUUGUUAACUUCUUCAACCAGUAUUCCUGCCCCAAUACCGGAAUUUUGUGCUGGAAAACAAUUAUCAUGGAUUGUGGCGAGCAUACUUUCGCUUGUUCUUGGAGGUCUUGGAAUUGAUCGGAUGUAUUUGGGAUAUGCAUUCAGUGGAGUUGUAAAAUUAUUUAUUGGUUUAGUUGUGAUGGUUAUGACAGUGUGGCGAUCAUGUUAUUCGUUGCAAUUAGUCGACCCACAUAAAUUGCCAACUCGAAGGAAAAUUUGGUGGCUCGUUUUUAAUUCUUUGGUCGUAUUUACGAGUUGCGUUCAACUAAGCUUGUGGCUCUUUGAUUUGGUCAUGAUCAUCACAGGAACGAUGAAUGAUGCCAAUGGGUGUCCAUUGCGUUAUAAUUGA